UUGGCGUGAGUCUUGUUGAGCGAUCGCUUAAAUUAGUUAUAAAACAAUAUUAAGGGACUUGUCCAUAUAAUUAUCUCGCUGUUCGAUAGCGAGUAGAUUUUUUUUUUUUUAUCUCUUUUUCAGUCUCCAACUAUAAGCUGCUAUAAGUUUUGGCACUCAAUACUUUUUUUGGUGUUUUCUUUUCUUUUCGUUUAGAGGGUAAAUGCAUUGAUUUAUUCUACUCUAUUUUUAAGGGAGUAGAAUGAUUAACGAUAAAUGAAAUUCCAUGGAAAAUUCGUUGACGAAAAGAACGUUGAAUAACUUGAGAAUUCAGAAAACCGACAAAAGCCUUUUUUCUCGAGGUUUAUCUGAGGUCGAAAUCGUCCCUGCUCAUCAAUUCUUCGGUUAAAAAGCUAAAUCACCUUUCAUAAUAAUGAUAACAGCAAUAAUAUCGAUGAUCAAUAUUUUGAAAUGUUGAAUGACCUAGAAGUAGAGAGAAACUAAGUUCAUCAACUUGGUCAUUGCCAGUCAACAAAUAUCAACACGUCGAAUAGUGGUGAAGUCCAUAAAGUUCGAGACUCCACGGCACGAGCGCGUUUUGACUUUGACACGAGCGAAUUCUAUCUCGAACGAAUUCUUUAUACGUACGAUAAAGUACGAAAACCGCUUUCUUCAAACGGCAAUAAGUAGGAGCGAAAAAUUGUUCGUUCUAACGUCCUGCACAGUGAUCAGGAAUGUCAACGAUUUUAAUAAUAGUUGCUCGUUGAUGAGUAAGCAAAUGGAAUCACAAAAAUAUUCGUCGAAGUUUCAUUUUUCAUGAAAUAUUUUCAAUAAUUAUACGAGUCUCUUUGUCAUCAUUGAAAAUUACGAUUGAAAGGAACAUUUUCUGAAAUUCCUUACGGACACUUUUCACUUUUUCUUUAUCUCGCGAGGUAAACAAAUUUUCAGGAUUUUUCUUGGGAAGAAUCCUUCUUUUCCUUGGAAAGAUCCUUUUCUAAGGGGUGAUCCUCAUGAAAAAGGGAGCCCCUCGAGUGGACUCGGGCCUCUGGGGUCAGAGGGCACGAGCGAGGACUUCGGACAGCAGUCUUCACCGGACAAAAACCGGAAGCACUCCCGGAAUCUUAUUGCGACUCAUUCGUCAAUAGAGGCGUUUUAUCAUAUUGUGAAUCACGAAUACUUCCUUGACUAUGAAUAAAGAGAUUUUCAAUUGUGUAGGAAACGUAACAAUUAUGUAAAAAGAAAACAAUUCCGUAAGUAUUCUCGGUAAAAAAUUAUAAAUUUAGUACCCAAUGAAUUCAAUUGUUCAUUGAAAAGUAAGUCAUUAAAAGAUGUGUGAAAAAUCAUCAUCGCAUAAAUUAGGGGUAAAAUUAUUAAUGUCAAAAAGCCUGUCAAAAAGAAUUUCAAAUUCUACAACUUUUGAGUAAAAUAUAUUUUUUAAUAAAUACUUAACGAGGCGUUUCGUCCUUCCUUUGAAUUUUUUUUCAGGACUGCAUGUCCAGAAUAUGGACAUGCUGGUAGUGGCUGAAAUUGUGAUGGGAUCCGAGAAACGUGGCCUCGACAGCCCCUCCUCCGGGCGAACAAUCCAAAACGCGAACGACGCAGCGUUUAAAACUGUUUGAAGUACAGCCAGGCAGCUCAGUGUUUGAGAAUGCUUUGAUAAAUCACAUCGCUACACACAUAGCAGGAGACAGUUUGGUUUUUCAAUCAAUAUUGUGAUUAAAUCGUAAACCGAGCAAAUUUAUUGUCGCGUUGAAGGCUCGCGUGAUGGGAUCGAUAAUAAGUUAUUUUUUUGGAGCUGACGAAACUGACGAAAUUGAUCCGGGUACUGGAUUAACCGCGAAACAACGAAAUCUCAUAAUGAAAUGUUGGAGUGAAUUGCAACCAAAUAUCCGUGAAAUUGGUGUUGAGAUCAUGAUUACUUUUUUUCGGAAUUAUCCCGAAUAUCAGGAGGAAUUCCCGAAGUUUCGUGGUCGAGAGUUGGAAGAACUUGCUAACGAUCGAACAUUUCACGCGCACUGUCUCAACAUAAUGAGUACAUUUGAACAAGCUAUUGAAUUUCUUCACGAUCCAGAAUUGUGUGUCGCUGCUCUUCAUAUGGCUGGCGAAAGACACGCCCGACGAGGACAAACUACGAGGCCAUUCGAGGUAUUGGAGCCGUUGGUCAAUGAAAUUCUCAAAUCCCAUUUGAAUAUCUCCGGCACAACAGAAACGUCAGAGGCACUUGAUAUUGCCUUGGCUCUAAUAUUCAAGGAAUUGAAGCACGCUAUCGAAGAACACGAUCGAAGUGAGACGAACGAUUCGACAAAGUCCAGAAGCUGAAUUGGAUUCGUUGGGACUGAUGAUGCUCAUUCUUCGUUUUGAAACAACUUUUUACGCUGAUUUUUUAAUCCAAUAUUUUUUUGACCCAAUUACAAUGGACGCACGCGAUACUGAUCUUAAGAUUUAUUAUUUUUAUUAUCGGACUCUUGCUCGAUAUAGCAAAUCGUUGACAGAACUUUGUACGCUUGUACUUAAAAUUAGGAUUAGGGAAAUUGAAAUAUUUUUAAUCGAGUACUUGAAAUAACCAAAACAAUGAUAAAUAAUGUACCUGAAUUUUCAGUUGUAAAAAAAUGUGUAACUUUCAUGAAAACUUAUUGACGAUUUGAGAUAAAUGAAUUUUACAAAUGAUGCGAAAUAAAUAAUACGCAUAAUA